AUGUAUUCGAACGUCGUUGUUCCGAGACAAUGGACAAGACUUGCGUGUCUUUGCCGAUCAUUAACAACUAUAGAGGGUCAAAAACUCCCUCAAACCUCUAAAUCCAGCGAUGGUAUUUCACCUCCUCCUCGCAUUCCUAGAGGACCCACAGACAUUCUGCAGGCUCUAGCAGCCACCGUCGGAAAUGACCCAACUGCGGCUCACUACAAAUAUCACGAUGAUCCCUAUUUAAUACCACUGUCCAACUUCCGUAAGAGAGCCUAUGCACUGUCAGCUGAGGCUGGUCGCAAAGCUGCAGCAUGGAUCAGGGAUGAGCAUGCUGAGCUAUUCACUACAAGAGUGUGGGACCCACCAACAAGGAUAAAGACACCAUAUUUCAAUGCUGAUCCAAAAAUAGAAGCAUUUGCUCCCAAACCUAUCUAUAAUGAUGAAAGCAAGGUUACAGAAGAUGAUUUGAAAUACACAAUACAGAAUGCUUUAAUAGAAGACUCAAUGACGGUAUUCAAACUGCUUGGAGGUGUGAGUAGUGUCAAUGAGGAAUUAAAGCUGCAAUUUCUUCAGUUAUUAUGCUUUUACAAUGAGAAGGAACCGGACUCUAUGGAGUGGCUUGAAGAGAGGUGGUUCUCUGCCAAUAUGCGAGAGAGACAGGCUGCUACUUGGAGGCUCGGUGGACUAGCUGAUCAGAUCUUUGAAUCAAUGGAUCCGAAGACACCAGAAGCAUACUGUGCCAUGAUUCAAGGCAUGGCUAAAUAUUACCAGGCUGAAAGAGCACACAACAUGGCCCAAGAAGCGAUAUCAAAAGGCAUUUCUUUGUCUACCAGUGUGUACAAUGCCCUUAUAAGUUGUAUUGGUUUCCUUAAGGAAGGCACCGCCUUACGUAUUGAAGGUCUCAAAACGAUAUUAGGCCAAAUGAAUGCUCAGGGUAUAUCUCCAAAUGACGAGACACUGUCAGCCUGUCUGCGCUCAUUGUCUGCAUGGGGAGGUGGCAGAGCACUGCAACAGAUGGCGCUGCAAACUGUCGCAGAGUUCAAACAAAUAGGCAUACAGCCUGGCUUGGCCGCCUAUUAUUAUUUACUCUGUGUAUUUUGUAAGGAACGAGGCCCGCGUUUUGACAUUCUAUCGACAAUAAUUAAGGAACUUGAAAAACAAGAUAGCUUGGAUGCCAAGGAACCUGCUGAUACUAAUUUCUUCAUCACGGCUAUGGGAGUUUGUAGCGACCACUUGCAGGAUAUUAACAUGGCGGAAAGAUUACAUGCCCUUCUAAUGAAAGGUGACAACUACAAAUUGGUUGGGGACGCGUACAAAGAAAGUAUUUACUAUAGGCACUAUGUCACUGUUACUUGCAGGCACGCACCUUUCGAGAAAACUCUAGAGCUACUGGACACAUUAAUACCCAAUGUUUAUGUCCCUGAACCAUCUGUUAUGGAAGAGAUUAUAAAGACAUUAGAAGUGGGCGGCGCGGGCGAUCGCCUUGCUCAAACAUGGUCGCAGCUGGUUGUUUUUGGUCACGGGAAACGAGUGAAACUGGUCGAGAGACUGCUAGAGGCAAUGAUCAAUACAUACCCUGGACAAGAACCUGAAGUUCAGAGUAAAAUGCGUGCUGCCGCCGCUGACAUGCUGAACUUCGGACAAGCGGUUUCUGAAGAACAGGAGACUAAGGACAUCAGGACACCAAUACAGAAAUUAUCAGCAACAGCAGUGUGCAGUAUUAUAGAGCUAUGUGCCGAUAGUACGGACAAGGCAGACCCCAACUGGAAGAGUGUGGACGAGGCCUUGCGGCGCCUGCGUCGUGAGGAGGCCGCGGGAGUACCGGCGCGACCUCAGGCAUUGGCUAAUAUUGCGCAAAAAGCCGCUACUAUUGGUCUACCUGGUAUUGCUGCAACUGCAGUAACAUAUUUAGCGGAAUGCGGCUUUGAAGAGGCGAUGUCUGCCAGUGUUCAAGUACUGGGUACAAUGCUGAACCGAUCAGAACAAGAGGUGGAGACCUUACUGACUGAACAACACUCCAGCCUCGCGGGUUCACUACACCCAGCCGCACAAGCUGUCGCCGAAGCAUACAAUUUAGCCAAAACCGGAGGACCAGUUCUACAAGACUCUGAAAGAUCAUCGUCGAGUUCAGAUAGCGACAGUGAAUCGUCCUCCGACGAUGAGUAA